CAGACAUGCGCAAGAGCGUCAGCAGCAGCAGCAGCAGCACCACCACCGCCACGGCCGCUGCGCUGCGUUUCCGCCUUGGCUGAGCGGCGCACAUAGCCGAGAGGGGAGGGGAGGGAAGCCGAGAGGAAGAGCUCUGCCACCGAGACGCAGUGGGGCACAACACGGACUCCGAGCAAUUUGCACCGACGCACCAACAUCGCAGCCGUCCGACUCCAAAUUUCCGCGUCAAGAGGCGACCUGCGCGGCGCGCGCCACAGCUUUCCGGCAUGGAGACUGCGCUAGAAAAAUAAGCACUAAAAUUCUGAAGAUGAAGAAGUUCAACAUCAGGAAGGUGCUGGACGGUUUGAAAGAGGCAUCCUCCUCCACACCGUCUGUCCAAGUGGGGCCACAGGAGAACCAUCUGAUCCAGGAGACCCUCCAGUCCGAGCAUUUUCAGCUCUGCAAGACCGUCCGCCAUGGCUUCCCCUAUCAGCCGUCGUCCAUGGCUUUCGACCCCGUGCAGAAGAUACUGGCCAUCGGCACCCAGAGCGGAGCCCUCAGAUUGUUUGGACGUCCUGGUGUGGAGUGCUACUGCCAACACGAGACUGGAGCGGCCGUCAUCCAGCUGCAGUUUCUUAUCAAUGAGGGAGCGCUGGUGAGUGCUUUGGCUGACGACAGCGUGCACCUGUGGAACCUGAGGCAGAAGAGACCAGCCAUCCUCCACUCCCUCAAGUUCAACAGAGAGAGAAUAACUUUCUGCCACCUGCCCUUCCAGAGUAAAUGGUUGUACAUCGGCACAGAACGAGGGAACAUCCACAUCGUCAACGUGGAGUCCUUUACGCUCUCAGGCUACGUCAUCAUGUGGAACAAAGCCAUUGAACUGUCCUCCAAGGCUCACCCUGGACCAGUCGUCCACAUAAGUGAUAACCCUAUGGAUGAGGGAAAGCUUAUAAUUGGAUUUGAGUCUGGGAUCGUGGUCCUGUGGGAUCUGAAAUCAAAGAAGGCAGACUAUCGCUACACUUAUGAUGAGGCUAUCCACUCAGUUGCUUGGCAUCACGAGGGCAAGCAGUUCAUUUGCAGUCACUCAGAUGGAACUCUGACCAUAUGGAACGUCAGAGGCCAGGGCAAGCCCAUACAGACAAUCACACCGCACGGAAAACAGCCCAAGGACGGGAAGAAGCCAGAGCCUUGUAAACCAAUUCUUAAAGUGGAGUACAAAACAACUAGAAAUGGGGAGCCCUUCAUAAUCUUGUCCGGUGGUCUGUCCUAUGACACGGUGGGCCGGCGGCCUUGUCUGACCGUGAUGCACGGGAAGAGUACAGCUGUGCUGGAGAUGGACUACCCUAUCGUAGACUUCCUCACACUCUGUGAGACCCCAUAUCCUAACGAUUUUCAGGAACCUUACGCUGUGGUGGUCCUUCUUGAAAAGGAUUUAGUGGUGAUCGACCUUGCACAAAAUGGUUAUCCCAUAUUCGAGAACCCCUAUCCUCUGACCAUCCACGAGUCUCCUGUGACCUGCUGCGAAUACUUUGCUGACUGCCCUGUGGACCUCAUACCUGCACUUUACUCCGUUGGCUCACGGCAGAAACGACAGGGCUACAGCAAAAAGGAAUGGCCUAUUAGUGGUGGGAACUGGGGUCAAGGCACACAGAGCUACCCAGAGAUCAUCAUCACUGGGCAUGCCGAUGGAACUGUGAAGUUCUGGGAUGCCUCCGCAAUAACGCUCCAGGUGCUCUAUAAGCUCAAAACGGCCAAGGUAUUUGACAGGAAUCGGCCCAAGGAGGACAAGGGCAGCACCGAGGUGUCGGAUGAAGACCCCUUCGCCAUUCAGAUCAUGGCCUGGUGCCCUGAGAGCAGGAUGCUGUGUGUGGCCGGUGUGUCAGCCAACGUUAUCAUCUACCGCUUCAGCAAGCUGGAAGUAACUACUGAGGUGGUGCAGCUCCUAGAGGUGCGAAUGCAGUACGAGCUGAACGACAUGGAGUCUCCAGAUGGCGGGGGUGAACAGACAUCAGCGCUUCCCACACCUGGCGCGUCCCCUCAGACGAGUUGCUCACCUUCACACCCUUGCACCAGCAGCAACAACUCUGACGGAGGCAACAUGCCCUGUCUCAAAGUGCGCAGUACUCCUUUGAAGCAGUCUCCGGGUUACCAGGUAGAUUUGGUGGUCCAGCUAGUGUGGGUGAGUGGAGAGCCUCCUCAGCAGAUCACAAGUCUGGCGCUCAAUUCCUCCUACGGCCUGUUGGUGUUUGGCAACAGCAACGGUCUGGCGGUGGUGGACUAUGUCCAGAAAACAGUAGUGCUCAACUUGGGGACGGUCGAGCUUUACGGCUCCAACGACCCCUACCAGAGACAGCCCCGGUCGCCAAGAAAGGCAAGACAGCCUUCUGGAGGUUUGUGCGACAUCAACGAAUGCUCAGCCACAUCCGAGGACCGAUGCAAGUCUCCCACUUCAGUGUUGAUGUCAAACAGCAAUCUACAGCAAUUCUACAAUGGCGGUGGUAGAGGAGCAAAGAUGUCACGGAAAUUAAGCUUGCCUACUGAGCUAAAGCCAGACUUGGUCCUCCUGUCUGUAUGCCCGCCGCGGGGUGCCAACCCAUUAGACCACCGGGACAAUUCUUUCAGCCGCUCGCGCUCCUCCAGCGUCACCAGCAUCGACAAGGAGGCACGGGAGGCCAUCAGCUCCUUCCACUUCUGCGACACCUUCGCCCGCAAGGGGGACAGCGCCCUGACUCCCUGCCUGUACGUGGGCACCUCCCUGGGAACCGUGCUGGUCCUGGCGCUCACGUUGCCGCCUGCUGGGGAGCAGCGGCAACUGCAGCCGGUUAUCAUUUCACCUACGGGCAUGCUGGUGCGGCUGAAGGGAAGCAUCAUGCGGAUGGCCUUCCUGGACUCCACGGGCUCCCUGCUGCCCCCAGCUCACGAGCCUUGGUACGAGCCCAACGUCACGGUGGACGGCGAGGAAAGGGAGAAGGUCCGCAAGCGCCGGCCCGUCUCCGUGUCCCCCUCCACCUCCCAGGACCUCAGCGAGAGCCAGUACGCCGUGGUGUGUUCGGAGAAACAGGCCAAAGUCAUGUCCCUCCCCUCCCAAACCUGCAUCUACAAACACAGCAUCACAGAGACCUCCUUCAUCCUGCGGGCCGACGUGGUGCAGAUGAGCCAGGGCGCGUGCGUCGCUUGUUUCUGCGCCAACGGCCACAUCAUGACGCUCAGCGUGCCGGGUCUGAGACCUCUCGUGGAUGUGAACUACCUACCUUUGACGGACAUGCGGAUAGCCAGGACGUUCUGCUUCACCAAUCUGGGUCAGGCCAUGUACCUCUGCUCCCCCACUGAGAUCCAGAGGAUCACUUACAGCCAGGACACUUGUGAAAACCUACAGGAGAUGCUGGGUGAACUUUUUACGCCAGUGGAGACACCAGAGGCUCCCAACAGAGGGUUCUUCAAAGGCCUCUUUGGGGGAGGAGCACAGUCUCUGGACAGAGAGGAGCUAUUCGGUGAGGUGGCAGCUGGAAAGGCGUCUCGAAGUCUGGCCCAGCACAUCCCGGGCCCGGGUGGCCUCGAGGGCAUGAAGGGGGCGGCCUCUGGCGUGGUUGGAGAUCUGGCGCGCGCCCGGAUAGCGCUGGAUGAAAGAGGCCAAAAGCUGGGCGAGCUGGAGGAGAGGACGGCCGCCAUGAUGGCCAGCGCCGACUCUUUCUCCAAACACGCCCAUGAGAUGAUGCUCAAGUGCAAAGACAAAAAGUGGUACCAGUUCUGAUCGGUGACGAGGCUGGAGCAGCUCCAUGAUCACCGCGACUGUCCGACCAACCUUCCAUCAGCUCACCUGGACUCACCGUGACCCCCAGCCGUCGUUCUGUCCGUCGUCCGUCCGUCGUCCGUCCGUCCGUCCGUCCGUCCUUCCAUUCACCCAUCCCUCCAAGCCUUCUUCACUGACACACUUGGGAUUUUCUUCCCUAGCACAAUGUUGAAUACUGUACUUACCUCAGUCUUCGGGUGGAACUGAGGGGCCGACAGGGGAGAAGGACAACCUCAGAGGGAGUGAAUAAAUGGUGUCUCUCUUUUUUUUUUUUUUUUUUUUUUUAAAAGAAAAUGUUCCCGUCUCUUCGUUCCAUCUCUAUUCCGCCUCUGCUCCCGGGGACUCAUCAUUUGCCAAAAUGUUCUUCGCCGUCUCCACCCUUGCACCCGGGUGGCCACGGAAACCGACGAACACAGAGCUGAGAAAGAAAAAAAAAAAGACAAAAAAAAGACAAAAUAUCUAACGGAGAAACAAAAGACUACAAAAAAAAAAAUUGUUAAAGUGUAAAAAGAAAGAAUCUAAAUACAUCAUUAUAUAUACAUAGAUCUAAUAAAUGUGCAAUGCUGUAUCCACUUCCGAGUGACAAGUACAAAAAGAGAAGGGAUGACGUCAUGGAGGAGGCGGGAGGCCGGAGGGAGGAGGCGACGUCGGAGGGAGGGGAGCCUCCUCUAUGCAGAGAGUCGCGAGGGCGAAAGCAACUGCGAUGUACACUGGAUAUUCCGUCAUCUUGCUCAAUCUCUAGACUCUCCUCCGUAUCUGACAGACUUUCAUAUCGUUACCAACAGUGUGUGUGUGCGUGCGUGCGUGCGAGCGCGUGGAUGUGUGUGUUACCUUUUUCUUGCCGUUCCUCUAUUUGUUAUCCGUUGGGUUUUUUGCUCCGUCUGUAUUAUCGGAAAAUCUCUUAUUUUUCUAUCGUUGUGAAAGUGGAUGAAAUUUGAUUUGUCGAGGGGGUAAAAAAAAACAAACAACAACAACAAAAAAAAAAAAACAAACGUAUACACCUUUUUUGUGACAUUUUUGUCUAACGACUCAAAUUAAUUUCUCAUUAUGAAAAGGGCUGGAAUCUAUGAGGAGGGCAAGGAUAUAAAAGGCAUAUAUCAUUUAGGACUCACUGACACGGACAGCCAUCGGAGUUCUCCAUCCUUUGAAAGCAUACGAGCCGCACACAUUCACCGGUCACCGUUUAGCGGACGUGAUCUUUAGCCGCCGCCCCCUGACCUUAGGUGUAACGAGCUUCAACGUCGAGGCUCAGCGUGCGAGUCUGACUCUAUAAACACUGAUGUUUCAUCGUCAGAUUUGAGUUUCAGCGUGGAGAUUUACACCCUGAUAGCAUCCACGUGUACGUCACUGUAGAAAAAAUGGCUGUGUAAUCCUUUGAAGGCAGUUGUCUGUGCGAGAAGAUUGCGCGAUUUCUCUUGUUUGUUUGUGUAUUUAUUUAUUGAGGCACGAGGGGCGGCCGUCGCGUUUGGUGUCAGAAACCUCCACCUUGUUUCCGCGUUUGCAGUCAGCGUGCUCCAUGUAUCUCUGUAUCCGCCAGGCGAUGAACCUUUAUUUGUAUAUAUAUAUAUCUAAGUAAAUAGUUUGACAAUCUAAAGACCAACUGGAAAGUGAACGUCGAGGGUUGCUCAAGCGACACAAGAGGAGACAGGCCAUAUUUUUUCUGACGCCAAAGACUUUGCUUUAGCUUUGCCGCCGCCGCCGGCGUGCGGCGUCGCUUCGCUUCGCCCAGGUCCAUUUAGAAAUCACUCAUCAGGGUUCGAGAUAUGGGAAGUUGCAAUUGGACUCAGCCAUUUUCAGCGCGAGGUGUCGUGAGUAGCUCAGGCUAACGUCACACGUGGCCGGAACCAUUCCACUUACGCCUCAUGACAACAUUUAACGGCAUUCGUCCAUGUGUGCGCGCGUUUGUGUGUCUCUCCCUUUCUCUGUUUGCGCGUAAGGUUGUGUCCAUGUAAGGUCGUGACAUGAUUUCUGACCAGUUCGUGUCCAGCUGAGUGUCAGUUUGACGAGCCGAAGCCGCCGACACAGAGGGAACAAUGGGAAUGAAUUUAAUGGUUUCAUUUAACUGCCGCAUGUUCAGUCUUUGCAGACAUGCUUGGACUGCACCCUUCACUUGUCGGUCUUUGCCUCCCCCCUUUGUCCUCUGUGCUCUUCUUCCUCCACGGCUUCAGAUCUGGUCUUCUCUGUGUGUAGUAGGCAUCGUAGUGUGGAUGCUGGCAGCUAGGUCUGUCUUUUUUCCCCACAAGUUGAGAGAGGAGAAAAUAAAAAUCAACUUCAGGAAAAAAAAUAAAAGAAGAAGAAGCUCGUUUUAGGUCUAAAUCAUCCCCCCAAAGCCUGUUCGAUGUCUUUCCCUUUAACGUUUUUUUUUUCUUUUCCUUUCAGUGGUUUUAUUCUUUCUUGUGUGUACACUACGGUAUGCAGUAUUCUUACCCGAUACAGUCCACACACACUCAAACAAUAAGAGGGAGUCCUGUCUUAUCUGCCAUAUGCCAUCUUCUGUCCUGGAUUCAACAGUUUAUCAGUGGGUUGCAGUAUUUUUCUCAUUGUAGCCAAUUUUCUUGUACAGUUUUAUGCAACUUUCACAUGGAUGUUUAUGACUUUAUCUGCUGCCACAAAAAUUUAGAAAUUCUGUAGAUAGAGAUUACUGUGCAAUGGAAAAUAAAAGUGGAAAAUGUAAUUA